AUGUCACACAAAAAUAAUUGCAAAUUAGACAAUCAAACGCCAAUAAAUGCUCGAAAAAAAGAGGAGAAUAUUAUACUAUGCCGAAGUUGUGGUAAUAACAUAUCGAACGCUAGUGAUAUAAUUGCAAAGGAAAGUCAUUCAUCUCUAUAUUCUUUUAAUGACACAAUAUUUAAUGAAGAAAAUAUAUUGGUUCAGAUAUUAAGGAAAGAUAUUAUAUUUCAAUUCACUAUAAUUACCGCUAACCAUUCCAAUUGUAUUGGAUUUGGGGAGUGGGAGAAAGAAGAAUUGUGGUUCCCUGGAUAUCAUUGGAAACCAUGUUUAUGCCCUGAAUGUGGAGAUAUAAUUGGUUGGCUCUUUGAAAAUCGUAAUCCAGAACAAACCUAUACAUUUAAUCGCUUUUUUGUACUUAUUCUACCUAAUCUUCUUAGCGAAAAAGUUUUGCAGUCCCUUAUUGCAUAUCCAGUUUUAUAACAUGGCAGAAUUAUCAACUGAAGAUAAAGAUUUCCUAGCUCAGUGUGAAGAGGAGUUUAAAGACAGAUUUACUGAAAAAGAUGAAGAAUUUAUGAAAGUGUUCAAUGCAGAGCCAAGUGUGCCUCCUA